CGUGCCUAUAAGAGGUCCUUUGAGGAGAGCAAGAGAGAGAGAGAGAGAGAGAGAGAGAGAGAGAGAGAGAGAGAGAGAGACCGAGAGAAAGAGAGAGUCUAGUUUUCGAAUGGGAGGGUAGCUGAUAGCUGGCUUGCUGCUGCUCUUGCGGAUAGCAUGUUGAGGUGCUGUCUUUAACCUUUCUUGGAUCGCAUGUAACCACACCUGCCUAGGGGCAUCUCAGAGCUUCAAAAGACCUCGCAGGCGCAUGCAAUAUGAGGACUAUCAGGGUGACAGUGGGAGUGCUUUUGCAAGCUCUUCACAUUCUAGCUGUGGCAGCGAGAGGUACUCCUCCAACACAAGCAGCAUCACCAGCACCACCUGCAGUAACGAGCAACGAGACAGCGUUGUCAAAUUCAUCUGCUGCCGAAUUGCCCAGCACAACUUACAGUGUAAUCGUGGGGGAAAUGAGCAUAGCUCAACCGCCAAUUGUGUACCAGAGGCGACGCUUGCCAGUAGUAUUCACUGCGCAAGAUGAGAAGAACCACAGCACCAAUGGACGUAGGACACCCACCUCGACAUUUCCAACUCCUGCCAGUGCCACCAGCCAAUACGAGGAGAUGGAGACAGGUUCAUUGAUGGGUCGCACUCCUAUGUGGAUUGCGGUUGGUGCCGGUGGACUCUUUGUAGCACUAGCAAUCAUUGUCUUCAUACUCCUGCGCCGCAAGCCUUUCCCUAACAUUGAGUUUGAGCAUAAAUCCCAGUGCGAUAACAACGGCACUGCACAACACGCCGCGCUCCAGAAGGACUCUCUAUCAAGAACAAAGACUAGAGUGUCAAUGCUGGAUAACGUAUCAACCAAUGGAUCACCCAAGAUGGGCUUAUCCAGAAUCGAAAUCGCCACGCCAUCACCAAACAAAAUGUUUAAAGAGUCAGCUCCGAGUUUGGAGCCCACCAAUAUUAUCCCAGAUAAGAAAAGAUAUAUCAAAAAGAAGCCCACCUCGCUUGAUAGCCCUGAUGUGGAACAGUAUUCGUUCGUUCCCGUCCAAGACAAAAGCCGGACUUCCAAUUUGUCUGAUGUCUCCUGCUCGGCUCCACCCGACUCAGAACUAUACGAUAAUCUGUAUAAGUCCACUUUUAGCAAUGGCAAUCAGGGAAUCAGGUCUACAAGCUCGGGCUCAGCGGACAUGGCCAAUAGCAAGUCGCUCAGCAAAUCUACAUCUAACCUAGAACGACUGUUUAGGCGAACGCCAGUAAGCAGUCGCAAGAACACAUUCAGUGUCAGCAAGAAUACCUCCUGCGAGGUGCUAUCGUCUCUCGCGGGCACUGAGGUUGUGUACGCCGAUGCGGACAGAGUUGGCGAACACAUACAGCCGUAUGGGGACAUAGCCCCGGUGGCCGCUGUACGGAAUGCCAGUGACGCCACAGCGAAAGGGACGGAUGACGUUGGACGCGCCAAAAUGCACCGGCACGCUACUAUGGUAAUGAGUGAGUUGUCGCAACGGCACGCUGAAAACACACUUCCCCGCUCGAAAACGUUCACCACUAAAAACCUCCGUAGCCAUACAUUUGAUGGCAGCUCCCCAAUCGCAUCAAAUGCUGGUGAACACGCUGGGCUAGCAUCUAACAUUAAAAGGAUUCGAUCAGAGUGGGCUGCCGCUAGAGGCCGCCGGACAGACAGCAAUGUGAAGGAUGGAGCUGCAUAGUAUGAACAACGUGAAGAAUGGAUCUGGAUAAUGUGAACGACGUGAAGAAUGGAUAUGCAUAGUAUGAACAAUGUAAAGUAUGGAUCUGGAUAGUACGAACAACGUGAAGUAUAGAUCUGGAUAGUAUGAACAACGUGAAGUAUGGCUCUGGAUAGUAUGAACAACGUGAAGUAUGGAUCUGGAUAGUAUGGCCAACGUGAAGUAUAGAUCUGGAUAGUAUGAACAAUGUAAUGAAUGGGUCUGGAUAGUAUGACCAACGUUAAGAACGGAGUUACAUACAGUGGUGUAGAUAACAUGAAUGACGUAUCUGCACAGUACUAGCGACUAGCUGCAGUGUAGCCAGCAUCCUCUGAAAAGGGACGCUGACUGUGUGGAUAAUGUGAUUAUUGUUGGCAUAUGACAGAUCCGACUGUAGAACAAGAACACACAAAGAGCACGGCGAUGUGACACCCAAGAACACUGGUGACUUUUGCUGGAUGCUCGGAAUCCUGUAGUCCCUACCAGGCUCAACAUUCUAAGAUUUCUUGAGCGACAUGACAUGGAUGUUAUAACACCUCAUUAUCACCAUAGUAUUAACCGUUGCUUUCUAUUCCUAUCUAGCAUUAUAACCCUUAACCUUUCUGUCUCAGUUUGCUCACUCUGAUCCGUUUAGUGCUUACUCCACACCACUAUGUUGUGUGAAUGUAAUUUUGUCUUUGUUUGCUUAGUCUCUUGCUUAGUCUCUUGUUUUGUCACGUGCCUAUCCACUAGGUUUGAAGAGACACCUAUGAAAGUAGGUUACCAAACCGCCA